CAAAUUCAAAUCCGUAAGCGCGACGACCUCGAGAACGGCGAUGUCGACGGGAAGUAGAUUGGCGUUGGCCCUCGCUCUCGUCCUCUCGACCAUCGCGCCCCCAUGCUCCGCCGCUCUCCGGGCAGGGUUCUACAAAGGCAAGUGUGGCCUUGUGGAUGUCGAGUCCGUGGUCGCGACCAUCGUGGCCUCCCGGUUCUCCAAGGACCCGUCCAUUGUGGCCGCGCUGCUCCGCUUGCAGUUCCACGAUUGCUUCGUCAAUGGCUGUGACGCGUCGAUCCUGCUAGACGGGAGCUCGAGCGAGAAAACGGCGGGGCCGAAUUUGAGCGUGAGGGGCUACGAUCUUAUCGACGCAGCCAAGGCUGCGGUCGAGGCCAUCUGCCCCAGAGUCGUUUCUUGCGCUGACAUCAUCGUCAUGGCAACUCGGGACGCUGUCGCUUUGGCCAAAGGAGGAAGGUACAGUGUGCAAACGGGGAGGUUGGAUGGCAAGAUAUCGCUGGCCCAAAAUGUGAAUCUCCCAGGUCCUUCCAUGACAGUUUCUCAGGCUGCUUCGGCCUUUGCUCGAAAGGGAUUCACCAUCUCCGACAUGGUCAUUCUUCUAGGUGGCCACACUGUCGGGAUUACGCACUGCUCCCUCUUCCAAGACCGGCUCUACAACUUCAACGGAUUGGGGAAGCCCGACCCGACCAUGGAUCCUAAGCUCGUGGCUGCCCUCCGGCCAAGGUGCCCGCAGACCGCGACCAUCGAUAACACCGUGAACCUGGACCAGAAUUCUUCGAGCGCGCUCGUCGUCGACAAUUCCUUCUACAAGCAAAUAGUUGCCCGGAGAGGGAUUCUGCAGAUCGACCAAGAGCUAGCGCUCGAUAGGCUGAGCAAGUCCCUGGUGGCAACACUGGCCAAUGCCACCAACUUCUCCGCUCGGUUCGGCCUCGCCAUGGUCAAGCUGGGUGCUCUCCAGAGCCGCUUGCCCGGCGAAAUUAGGAGUUCUUGCCGAGCCAUAAACAAAAGGAGUUGAAGUAGUGUUUGCUCCUGCUGAUCAUCCCGUUUAGUUGUAUUCUUAAAUUUGACGGCACCAGUUGCACGCCGGUGCACGGAUCUUGAUUGAUUCGACGUUAGAAGCGUCAUGUCCGCGAUUCCAUUGAUUGACGAUGUUUUUUUUUUUUUUUUUGAUGUGCAAUAAAAAUUUUCUGGUCUAUGCAUAGGCGUUGACCGGUUUGAGGAUAAUAUUUGUAAUCAUAGAUAUUCGUACUAUAUUAUCGAUUAUGGUUGUAUAAACAGAAGAACUUGUUGGCGGU